UGAGCUAGAAUUUUAUAUUUAAUUUUACUUUUAUCUUAUUAUUUCACUAAAUAGUAAUAAAAUAAAUAAUUAUUAUUAAUAAAAAAGUAAUUUAUUUAUAUUAUGGAAACUUCAAAUUUGUGUCGCGGCUGUAUGAAAGAAGUCGAAGUUUCAGAGGACGUAAACACGGACAAAAAUACAUUGGAUAUGUUUUGUUAUUGUACAAAUAUAACGAUUACUGAAGAUGACAUAUUACCAAAACAAUUCUGCCAUGAUUGUGAACUCAGCAUACAGUCUUCAUACAGUUUCAUAAAAAGAGCUCAACAUGUAAAUAUAACUCUGAGAAAUAUAUCAUUAAGACAGUCAGCUAGUGUAAUUGUUAUACCAAAUAAAACCAAGGAUAUACAAAACGAAAUCUUAUUACAUGAAAAUAGAGUGCAAGAUUCUUUAUCAAUAAUUGAAAGUUGCAAUGAAAUAGAUACUAAUGAAUAUAAAAUAGAAGGUGUAGAAAAAGAAAUAAGUACAAAUGAAUUAGAAUUCAUUGAAAGUGAUAUUAAGUCGGAAACAAAGAACACAUGUCCGGAAUGUAAGAAAACUUUUAUAUCUAUAGCUUGGUUUAACAAGCACAUGGAAAAUGAAUGUUCCGGACGUAAUUUUGAGUGUAAAAUAUGUAAUAAAAAGUUCCCAAAGAAAUCGAAGCUAGUGGAACACACCACCAUCCACUCUGAGCAAAGACAGUACGUUUGCAACACGUGCGGCCGCCAGUUCCAGCGGCGCAAGCAGCUGACGUCACACCUGAUAUCUCACUCCUCGGAAAGACCGUAUACUUGCGAGAAAUGCUCCAAGAGCUUCAAAUUAAAGAGAAUACUCAUUGGUCACAUGAAGAUACAUGAUGAUGUAAAGCAAUAUUUGUGUUCAUUUUGUGGAUGGAGCACAUCACAAGCGAACAACCUGCAAGUGCACCAGCGUUCGCACACGGGCGCGAAGCCGUUCGCGUGCGAGUGCGGGUUCCGUACGGCGACCCGCUCGUCGCUGCGCCGGCACCGCCUGCGGCACUCGCAGCGGCGCGCGCACGCGUGCUCCCACUGCGGGAAGGCGUUCUACGACGUGAGCGCGCUGGCGCGUCACCGCCGCACGCACACGGGCGAGCUGCCGUACGCGUGCACGCGGUGCGCACGUGCGUUCGCUGACAGCUGGAAGAGGAAGAAUCAUCUCAUGCGUGCGCAUGGACUCGGGCUCAGUGAUAUACCGCGCAUGCGCAAGGAUGGACAACAGUAUUGAUGAAAUUGUGCUGUACAUAAUAAAUGAUGGAAAAUU